GGGUGGUGCAAACAUAAUAAACCUAAACACAUCUACUGUUAUUGUUAUUUCCUGUGUAAUUGAGUUUGAUAAACUAAAAAUGACAUUAAAUGGUGAUGUUAGUGUUAAUGUUGGAUUAAGCGGGGUGCUUCGUUUGUCGGUGGCGUGAAUAAAAUGCCGGUAAAAUAUUCGAUUGUCUGAGAGCAUCCGAGAGCCAAUCUUAAGAUGGGCCAUGCCGUUGUUUGCGUGUUUAUCGCGAUAUUUGGUUUAGCGUGCGGCCAAAGCGACACGCUGACGACAGUUCAGUUUUUCACUAGCGACAAUUUAUACGAGGAGAUCGCAACCACCACUGACACACCUACUUCUUCCAUUCCAGUCCCAUCAAAGCCCAGAAAAUUGACAGUUCUGGACGUCACAUCUGACAGCAUCGCUCUCAAAUGGGAAAACCCCGAAAAAAUCAACGGCAUCAUCGAUGGCUACCGGGUCUACUACAAGUUCAACAAUUUCACCGACGUGCAAUACGACAAAAUUAAUUAUUCGCGCAUCGAAUCCUAUGGCCAUUUCAACCUCACCCGACUCAAACCUGAUACAGAAUACAAAAUAUGGGUGAAGGCUUACACCCAACGCAACGAAGGCGACCCAUCGGAUCCGGUGGUGAACAAAACCGACAUUGGCGGUCCUUCCGGACCGGAUAUAUUGGAGUUGUCAUGUCAAACUGAAGAAAGCAUUCUUAUUAAAUGGGGCAGACCGAAGAAUUUCUACCAUUCCAUCGAUUAUUACUACGUCAACAUCAAUGGCGACCACCAGAAUUACAACCACUCUUUGAAUGCCACCAAGAAUUAUCUGGAGAUGUCGGUUUCUUUGAACGUGACCAAAAAUGCUGCGUACCAAGUAAAAGUUCGGGCGGCCACUGUGAGCAAUUACACAAAUAGAAUAAUAAUGGGCGAUUUUUCACGGAUAAAAACGAUAAAUGUGAAGCCAAACUGCGAUCGGAUGGAGGAAUUUAUGCCGCAAACAACUCACGAUCUGCGGACGGGCAUCAUAGUGGGCAUUCUUUGCGCCGGCAUCGCCUUUAUUUUUGCCGUCCUGGGAUUCGUCUUUUGGAGGAAAUGUUUCCACGCCUCCUACUAUUACCUGGACGAUCCGCCUUGCUGCGUGCCCACCGCCUCCCUGGAUUGGAAUUCGCCGCCGAAUCCGAACAGCGACGGCGAGAUGGAUCACAAGGGCGCCAUUCCGGUGCAGUUGUUCGCGCGGCACGUUCAAGAACUGCACGCCGACGGCGACAUCGGAUUCAGUAAGGAGUACGAGGCGAUCCAAGCCGAAGCGACUACGGACGAGCACGAGUCGGAAUUCUCUCAGCAUCCCGACAACAGGGCCAAGAAUCGCUACCUCAAUAUUAUCGCCUACGAUCAUAGCAGGGUUCAGCUGUUACAAAUGCCCGGUCAAAAGAAGAAUAUCGACUACAUAAACGCGAACUACAUCGAUGGAUUUCAGUGGUCGAAGGCUUACAUCGGCACCCAAGGCCCUUUACCCUCGACCUUCGACUGCUUUUGGCGCAUGGUCUGGGAACAAAGAGUCAAUAUUAUCGUUAUGAUAACCAAUCUAGUUGAAAGGGGACGGAGGAAGUGUGAUAUGUACUGGCCGAAGGAGGGGAGCGAGACCUACGGCAUCAUACAAGUAAAGUUAGUUAAGGAAGACAUAAUGGCAACAUACACAAUAAGGACCCUGCAGAUUCGCCAUCUUAGAAUAAAAAAGAAGAAACCAUCAUUGACUGAAAAACUAGUUUAUCAAUAUCAUUAUACCAAUUGGCCAGACCACGGCACCCCCGAUCACCCACUGCCCGUACUUCAUUUUGUUAAAAAAUCAGCUUUAUCCAACCCCCCUGACGCAGGUCCAAUUAUUGUUCACUGCAGCGCCGGGGUGGGUCGAACCGGAACCUACAUAGUGCUAGACGCGAUGCUCAGGCAGAUACGCAGCCGGGCGGAAGUGAACAUCUACGGUUUCCUGCGUCACAUCCGCUCGCAACGCAACUUCCUCGUGCAGACCGAGGAGCAGUACAUCUUUAUACACGACGCGCUAGUCGAGGCCAUCGAGUCGGGAGAGACCAACAUUUCCAAGGACAACUUCCCGCGCUACGUCCGAGCCCUCAAAGGAAACUGCAUUGAUGAAAGCGAGCAAUGGAAGCCCCUCGACGUCCAAUUCAAGUUGGUGACGAGCUUCAAGUGCAAAGAUUUCAACGUGGUGUCGGCAAACAAAGUGAUAAAUCAGCCAAAGAAUAGGAUAAGGGAAAUAGUGCCGGUGGAGAGCUCGCGCGUGCAUCUCACCCCGAAGCCGGGCGAGGAUGGCAGCGAUUACAUCAACGGCACCUGGAUCCAGGGUUUCCACAGCCUGCGCGAGUUCAUAAUCACGCAGCAUCCGCUGCGCGCCACCUUCAAAGACUUCUGGCAAAUGGUCUGGGACCACAACGCGCAACUCAUCGUGAUGCUCAGCAUCGUGGAUAACCAGGACUUCCACGUUUUCUGGCCCGUCGAGCAGGACACCAUCGACACCGACUCCUUCAAAGUCAAGCUGGCCAACGAACAAAUACACGGCGCCUACUUGACGCGCGACUUUCUCAUGCAAUCGCUGCAAGACGAUUACGAGAUACGCAUCAGAAUGGUGCACGGCAACAAUUGGCCGCACAAUGGCGGAUCCAUCAACGACAUCUACCAAAUACCCAACACUGUUCUGGAGAGCAACAUUCAUAAUGGACCAAUCAUCGUUGUCGACAAGUACGGCGGGACUGAGGCAGCGACUUUCUGUUGCCUGACAACAUUGAAGAAGCAUUUGCUGUACGACGACAAGAUCGACGUGUACAUGUACGCGAAGUUGUAUCACAACAAAAGACCGGGCAUAUGGGCGUGCAUGGACGAUUAUCUGCGUUUGCACUUGGCCGUGCAGACGCUGUGCUGUCCGCCGGAGGACGGCAACGUCGCCGUCACGGCCACCCAAGGCCCCGACAUAUUUCCCACGGCCAACGGCACGAUCAACGGCUCGGUGGCCGUUUCCGCCGACUGCGUUCGGGUGUCGCCCGAAGGCAUGGAGUCCAACCUCGAGCCGCGGCUCUAAGUUUUAAAUAUUAUUAUUGCUUUCUAUCGAAACGGGGCUUAUCGAAAAACGGCCACGGUGUUUCCAUUUCGAAUUGUAAAGUCUUCGAAAUGAAAGCACCCACACGCGUAUAGUCGAAAAUAAUUAAUUAGAAAUAAGCAAUAAAUCGAACAGGGUUGAAUUAAAAUAAAUUACAAAAGAAACGCAACGGUAAGUUGACUACUCAGUGCACGCGAACAAACAGUUAAUUAUUAUUGUUUACCAGUGACUUUGACUUCGACUAUGCGCCGUUGAUUGCGCCUUAAAUUAACCAUUUUUAUACCUAUAUGUGAUAAUUGUAAAUGUUUUAAACUAUUUAAAAUGUCGUCGUCGGAACUUUUUUUCGUCGCGUCGUUGCGUCAUUGUUACUGACAGAUUUUUGCACGAGCAACAAAUUAAUGAAAACGUUAUUAAAUGUCAAAGACGUCACUUAGCCAAUUUCUCCCAAAACCGAUAACAUGCCAGUUGAUAUUUUUUUUAAUUGUUGCAUACUGUUUUUAACAAUGCUACUACAUGAUAUUUUUAGUACCCUUGAAUUUUAUUAACAUAAAAUAAAUAAAAUAAUACCUAUUUUUUUAGAUCUGAGGCUACAAUUGUUGGAGACACUAGAGACAUCUUAAGGGAUUAAACUAAAACUAGUUUCUCCCUGAAGGUGUCUCUAGUAUUACUUACAUACAGUCGAAACCGGGGUUCGCCUGAUUUAAAUCAACGAUUUAAAUCAAUGAUUUAAAUCGGUUUUUAAAAAAGUUUCUAAAAUUUAAAAAAACACUUAAAAGAUCUAAAAGUAAAGCACAAUAAUAUCUUGACACUAUUUAAAUAAAUUCAUAUGCAUAGAAAAACUGCUUAUUUUGUUAAACAAAAUAAUAAAGGAAUAGUUUUUACAAAAAAAUAUACGACAGUUGCGGACGGUGGUUUAUUUGUUUAUAAAGUAGUGCCAAUAUAAUAUUAUAGUCAAGUUAGUAUUUCUUUU